UGAUUCACUGUAGCAGCUAGCUUUUAGGUAUCCAAGGAAAUGAAGAAAUUAAAAUUGAAUGGGUGAGAGGGAUAACAAAGAGCACUCCAUAUCUAUGUAUCAAAAGUUGACACUUCUUUAUGCACUGUCCAAACCCUCACUCAUUUCGUUUUUCAUCAACUAGUCUUUCUUAGGACCGAACAUCAGAGGAGACCAAGAUGGCAAUGAGCAACAGUGUGAUCGGAGCCAUAAACUUCGUGGCAGUGAUCCUCUCGAUCCCAAUCAUCGGUGCCGGAAUCUGGCUAAUAAACGGCCAAGCCGAUUCCUGCGUCCAGUUUCUACAAUGGCCAGUGAUCAUCCUGGGAGUUCUCAUCCUGGUUGUGUCUCUCGCAGGUUUCAUUGGAGCCUUUUGGAGAAUCUCUUGGCUCCUCAUAAUCUACCUCAUUGCCAUGCUCGUGCUUGUAAUACUGCUAGUGUGUUUGGUGGUGUUCGUCUACAUGGUCACUCUUCGAGGCCAUGGCACCAUUGAACCAAACCGUGCUUACUUGGAGUACCGCAUGGAUGAUUUCUCGGGCUACCUUCGUCGAAGGGUGAGAAGCUCUUUCAAGUGGGAUCGUAUCAGAAGCUGUCUUAGCCAAACCAACAUGUGUGCUGAGCUCAACCAGAGUUACCGAAUGGCUCAGGACUUCUUUAACGCACGUCUAACCCCCAUGCAGUCAGGGUGCUGCAAGCCACCGACGCAGUGUGCUUACACGUUUGUGAACCCAACUUAUUGGAUAAGCCCGAUUAACACAGCAGCAGAUAUGGAUUGCCUGCAGUGGAGCAACGACCAAACACAACUUUGCUACAACUGUGACUCGUGCAAGGCCGGUUUAUUGGCAAAUCUUAGGAAGGAGUGGAGAAGGGCCAAUGUCAUAUUAAUCAUCACUGUCAUUGUUUUAAUAAUCGUCUAUUUGAUAGGGUGUUGUGCCUUUAGAAACGCCAAAACUGAGGACCUCUUCCGCAAAUACAAACAAGGCUAUACUUAAGGUUCAA